UAUGUAAAUUGUAAUUGUGUCGUUUUCAUGUUUUCAUUCAUUGGUGGGAUAUAUUAAUUAAAUGUCUUUGUUUAUUGUCUCACUCAGAUUGAAAGUUUAAGAGAAUGUUCAUGAAUUUAAAAUGGGAAACAGAACUUUUUAAAGAAAUAAUGUGCACAAACCAGACUUCGAUCCUUUCUUGAACAAUUUCUCAGCAACUUAUAAUAGGUAAACUGCGACUUAACUUGACUUUCUGACCCCUCUCUUAAACUUUCAUUGUUCUUGUUGUAGGCCCAUCAUUGCCAUUCUUCCUGUAUACUUGUUUAUCACAAAGAUUUCAAUAAGCAAUAGUGCAAAGUUAAUUCUCAAUAAAUUUUUGCAUUUAGAUUUGUAAAUAGGAAUUUGUAAACCCUAUACAGCGGGACCCAUUAAACUUUGUAAAAAGGAAUAAGAUUCUGAGCAAUCUUAUGUGUUUUAGAUUUCGUUAUAAAGAAAAUAUUUUUAGCAGAAGCUUUAGUUAAACUAACUAAGGGAUCCAAUGUAAUCUUCACAACGCUUGUUUAAAAUCAGAGUCAAAGGGUCUUCUCCUUACUCUUCAGAGUUAUGGGUCUCACUGUAUCUUAGUCUUUAUUUUUACUCAUCGUUUCUUCCAGAUAAAAAUGGCGCGCGGAGUCGGAGGGAAAAGAAAGCGCGGGAAUGCCGCGGGAGGUAGAGGGGGUGGCGGGGGACGGAUGAAGAAAGAUAGAGAUAAAAGCGCGUUUAAAAUGAGGAAAUACACGAAAAAUAGUUAUAUUAUUCAGGAAAAGGUUGAAGCUGAAUCAGAAAAUGAUUCUAGUUCCGAGGAUGAAACUACAGAAUACGAUCAACUUCUUCAGGUUUUCAACAAAAAGGACAGAGAAGAGAAAACAGUUAGUGAUGAAGAUGAUGAUGAAGAUGAAGAUGACGCUGAUGAUGACGCUGAUGAUGCUGAUGGUAUUGUUGAAGACCUAAAUGAAUCUUCUGACGAAGAUUCUGAUGAAGUUGAUAAAAUAGAUCUCAAUGAUGUGGAACAACCUAAUCCUAACAAUAAGGACGAAGACGAAUUAGAAACUGAAGACGAUAAUCAAGAAGAAGAAGACGAAGAAGAAGAGGAUGUAGAAGAAGAUGAUGUAGAAGAAGAUGAUGAAGAGGAAGAUAAAGACGAAGAAGAUGAUGAUGAUGAAGAAGAAAAUGCAAAUUUAACUCUUCCACAAUCUGAAGAUGAUAGCUCAAUGAAGAAUGGAGAAGAUCUUGAUCCUUUCUCGGCGCACUUUGAGUUGAACCUGUCCGAGGAGCAAAGCAGGUUCAUGAAGGACCCGGCCUGGAAGGUGGAACAGUUCAAAUAUCUCACUCUGGGGAAAAUUCAAGUUCAGAUGUUAGAUAUGAAAGCCCCGCCUACGGAGUCUCCUCUGGAGAAAUAUCAGACUGAACUCCGAUCUUGUUUCCCGGAGCCGGAGGUAGACCUGGAGAAACUGCAUCUGAAACAGAACCUUCAGCUUAAUCUCCAGGAUCCAGAGGCACAGUUUAGGCAAACUCCAUUGGUUAAUGAACUGAUGACAAUAUUUUCCUCUUACAAGGAUCUUUGCUGGAACGAAAGAACCCAUGAAAACGGAGAGGAAUUAAGGUUGGCCUACACAUUGCAUGCAGUAAACCACAUAUUAAAAACCAGAACAAAAAUACUCAACAACAAUCGGAAACGUGAAAAAUUAGAAGCUGGCGACGACGGACUUCGUGAUCAAGGACUCUGCCGACCCAAAGUGCUCAUUGUCGUUCCCUUUAGAGAAUCAUGUCGAAGAGUUGUCGCAAUAAUGGAGAAACUUCUAUUCCCCAAGUCCAAGGGAAACGUUGCAAACAAAAAACGCUUCGCCGAGGAUUUCCCGGAAAUAGAAACCGCGCGUAAAUCCAAAUCUGAUGAUUAUUACGAAACUUUCGCCGGAGAUAUCAACGACAGUUUCAAGAUGGGACUGGCACUCACCAAAAAGACCUUGAAACUCUAUACAGAUUUCUACAACAGUGAUAUCAUCAUCGCAUCCCCGUUGGGACUCCGAUUAAUACUCGGGGUUGAGGGGGAACGGGAUCGGAAUUACGAUUUCCUCAACUCCAUCGAAGUUAUGAUAUUUGAUCAAACGGAAAUUUUUCUCAUGCAAAACUGGGACCACAUUCUUUGCAUAUUAGACGAUAUUCACAAACAGCCCCAGGAGUCACGAGGUGUUGACUUCAGCCGUGUUCGUCUUUGGAACCUUGAUGGGCUUGGCAAAUUUUAUAGGCAGAGUUUAGUGUUUAGUAGAACACCCUGCCCAGAGAUAAAUUCUAUAUUUAACCGACAUUGCUUCAACUAUUUUGGAAAGGCUCGUGUUAUGAACCCUGUUAUUUCUGGGGCUAUCUCAACCGUUCUCAGUGAGAUCCCCCUUGUUUUCCACAGAAUAGAGGCGGCCUCCCCCAAGGAGGCCCUAGAGGAGAGGUUCAAGUACUUCAAGAACCUCAUCAAUACAAACUAUAUGAGAGACGAGAUGGAUCAUGUUCUUGUGUUUUUCAGCAGUUAUGUAGAUUUUGUCAAGGGCCGUAACUGGUUUAAAAGUGCAGAUCUGGACUAUGCUGAAGUUUGCGAGUACACGAAGGAUAAUAAGAUGGCAAAGGCUCGUGAUGAUUUCUUCCACAAUUCUAAACACUUCCUGUUGUAUACUGAGAGAGCACAUUUCUACAGAAGAUUCAGCAUUAAGGGAAUCCGACAUCUUAUAUUCUAUCAGAUGCCUGUAAACCCCCAGCUAUUUACUGAGCUAUGUAACCUUCAGCAAGAACAGUUCCAGAAUAGACGAGGAGGAUCGUCCGCUAAUAUGUCCUGCACUGUCCUUUAUUCAAAGUAUGAUGGUACCCGGCUGGCUGAGUGUGUAGGAACGAGUAAGGCCUCGACUAUGAUAAACGCGAGUAAAUCUAAGCAUGUUUUUACCCCUGGAAGUUAAACUGAGAGACCAUUGUAUCUUGGCUGUGAUAAAAAAAAGAUUUUUUAAAUUUUUUGAUAAAUAUUUUUUUUCAGA